UGCUGCGGAGGAGUGACACGUGCUGACUACAAAAAUAAAUAAAAAAAAUAAAAAUAUAUAUAUAUAAUAACAGGCACAUCCAGGAGUUUUAUUUUUUUUAUCUUUGUUUUUUGUUUAGUUUGUUUUUUUUAACUGUAUAUAAAUUUAAGGUGGAGUUUCGUUGCUCUCUUUUUUUUACUUGAACUGGGAAGAAUUAACCCCGCAUUUUGGCAACCAUGGGACGAGGAGAAGGACGAGAGCAGUAUGAGCUCGCUGCGACCUCGGAGCAGGGCGGCAAGAAGAAGGGCAAGGGUAAGAAGAAAGAAAAGGAUAUGGAUGAAUUAAAGAAGGAAGUGGACAUGGAUGAUCACAAGCUAACCCUGGACGAGCUCAACCGCAAAUAUGGAACGGACCUCACCAAUGGGUUGACCAGUGAGAAGGCUGCUGAGAUCCUGGCCCGUGAUGGACCCAACGCCCUCACUCCUCCUCCAACCACCCCAGAGUGGGUCAAAUUCUGCAAACAGAUGUUUGGUGGUUUCUCCAUGCUUCUGUGGACUGGUGCCAUCCUCUGUUUCCUGGCCUAUAGUAUCCAGGCUGCAAUGGAGGAGGAACCUGCUAACGAUAAUUUAUACCUGGGUGUUGUGCUUUCUGCUGUCGUCAUCAUCACUGGUUGCUUCUCCUACUACCAAGAAGCCAAGAGCUCCAAGAUCAUGGACUCCUUCAAGAACCUGGUCCCACAGCAAGCCCUGGUUGUUCGUGACGGUGAGAAGAAGAGCAUCAACGCUGAGGAUGUGGUGGUUGGAGAUUUAGUGGAGGUGAAAGGUGGUGACAGGAUCCCUGCUGACCUGAGAAUCAUCUCCGCCCACGGCUGCAAGGUGGACAAUUCGUCUCUGACUGGUGAAUCAGAGCCCCAGACUCGUACUCCUGAUUUCUCCAACGAGAACCCACUGGAGACGAGGAACAUCGCUUUCUUCUCGACCAACUGUGUUGAAGGAACUGCCCGUGGUAUCGUGAUCAGCACCGGAGAUCGUACCGUCAUGGGUCGUAUCGCCACGCUAGCCUCGGGACUUGAAGUCGGACGCACCCCAAUCUCAAUCGAGAUUGAGCACUUCAUCCACAUCAUCACUGGUGUGGCAGUCUUCCUCGGCGUGUCCUUUUUCAUCCUCUCCCUCAUCCUUGGAUACACCUGGCUCGAGGCCGUCAUCUUCCUCAUUGGCAUCAUUGUCGCCAACGUGCCAGAAGGUCUCCUCGCUACUGUCACUGUGUGUCUGACUCUGACUGCUAAGCGUAUGGCCAAGAAGAACUGCCUGGUAAAGAACUUGGAAGCUGUCGAGACACUGGGCUCCACCUCCACCAUCUGCUCCGACAAGACCGGCACCCUGACCCAGAACAGAAUGACUGUGGCCCACAUGUGGUUUGACAACCAGAUCCAUGAGGCCGACACCACUGAGAACCAGAGCGGUACCUCUUUUGACAGGAGCUCUGCCACCUGGGCCUCUCUGGCUAGAAUCGCCGGACUCUGCAACCGCGCCGUCUUCCUGGCCGAGCAGAGCAACGUUCCCAUUCUAAAGAGAGAUGUGGCUGGUGAUGCCUCUGAGUCGGCUCUGCUGAAGUGCAUUGAGCUCUGCUGUGGUUCAGUCCAAGAAAUGAGAGAGAAAACCCCCAAAAUUGCUGAGAUCCCUUUCAACUCCACUAACAAGUACCAGCUUUCCAUCCACAAGAAUUCCAGCGAAGGAGAGUCCAAGCACCUGCUGGUCAUGAAAGGAGCUCCAGAGAGAAUUCUGGACCGCUGCUCCACCAUCAUGAUGCAGGGCAAAGAGCAGCCUCUGGAUGACGAGAUGAAAGACUCUUUCCAGAAUGCGUACCUCGAGCUGGGAGGUCUGGGAGAGAGAGUGCUGGGUUUCUGCCAUUAUCACCUGCCUGAUGAGCAGUUCCCAGAGGACUUUGCUUUUGAUACUGACGAGGUGAACUUCCCUACUGAGAACCUGUGCUUCAUCGGCCUCAUGUCCAUGAUUGACCCUCCUCGUGCUGCUGUGCCCGAUGCCGUGGGUAAAUGCAGGAGCGCUGGAAUCAAGGUGAUUAUGGUAACAGGUGAUCAUCCAAUCACAGCUAAGGCCAUCGCUAAAGGUGUGGGUAUCAUCUCUGAGGGCAACGAGACUGUUGAAGACAUUGCUGCACGUUUGAACAUCCCGAUCAACGAAGUCAAUCCAAGAGAUGCCAAGGCCUGCGUCGUUCACGGUGGUGACCUGAAGGAUCUGACCCCAGAGCAGCUCGACGACAUCUUGAAGUACCACACGGAGAUCGUCUUUGCCAGAACCUCGCCGCAACAGAAGCUGAUCAUUGUGGAGGGCUGCCAGAGACAGGGAGCCAUUGUGGCCGUGACGGGUGAUGGCGUGAACGACUCUCCAGCUCUGAAAAAAGCGGACAUUGGUGUCGCCAUGGGCAUCGCUGGAUCCGACGUCUCCAAGCAGGCUGCCGACAUGAUCCUGCUGGACGAUAACUUUGCCUCCAUUGUCACUGGAGUGGAAGAGGGCCGUCUGAUCUUUGACAACUUGAAGAAGUCCAUCGCCUACACUCUGACCAGCAACAUCCCCGAGAUCACUCCCUUCCUCCUCUUCAUCAUCGCCAACAUCCCUCUGCCCCUGGGAACCGUCACCAUCCUCUGUAUUGAUCUGGGAACUGACAUGGUCCCUGCCAUCUCCCUGGCUUAUGAAGCGGCUGAGAGCGACAUCAUGAAGAGACAGCCCAGAAACCCCAAAACAGACAAGCUGGUGAACGAGAGGCUCAUCAGCAUAGCCUAUGGACAAAUCGGUAUGAUCCAGGCUCUGGCAGGCUUCUUCACCUACUUUGUGAUCUUGGCUGAAAACGGCUUCCUGCCGGCCACCCUGGUGGGGAUCAGAGUUUCCUGGGAUAACAAGUACAUCAAUGACCUGGAGGACAGCUAUGGACAGCAGUGGACUUACGAGCAGAGGAAGAUCGUGGAGUUCACCUGCCACACGGCCUUCUUCGUCAGCAUCGUCAUCGUGCAGUGGGCCGAUCUGAUCAUCUGCAAGACCAGGAGGAACUCCGUCUUCCAGCAGGGCAUGAAGAACAAGAUCCUGAUCUUUGGACUGUUUGAGGAGACCGCUCUGGCUGCCUUCCUCUCCUACUGCCCAGGCAUGGAUGUUGCCCUCAGAAUGUAUCCUCUUAAGCCCAACUGGUGGUUCUGCGCCUUCCCCUAUUCCCUGCUUAUCUUUAUCUAUGAUGAAAUCCGUAAGCUGAUCCUCAGACGCAGCCCAGGAGGCUGGGUGGAACGGGAGACCUACUACUAAAGAACUGUCAGUCCAGUCAGCUCGCAUCUUCUCCUCCACUCCCGUCUUUGCAUGAAUAUUGUCUUGCUGCUCGGAAUAAAAUUUUAACCUCUGUGGAAAAAAAAAUAAAAAAUUGGAACGUGUUUUUAUAUUAGGGAAUGCUUGAUACUACUCUUAGACAAAUACUGAGAUGGAACAUGCUGAUGAUGAUGCUGAUAAAUGAUAAUGCUAAUAAUGACAUGAACACUGAACAUUGACAUGACUAUGCGUGCCUUGUUUCUGAAACAGGACCAAUUUUAUACAUGUUUUUAACAGUUAUGAACGUUAAAUAAAAAUGCGCUCGAGUCAGGUCCCAAAAAUGUUUCCUGUCAUCAUUAAAUCGUGUGUGCUUGUCUGGGAAAUCUCCAGCCUUUUUGACUGAAUCCAUGAAAAUGUAAUGCAAAUGGCCUGAGCUUCUUCUUUGUUUUUUCUUUCUUUCUUUUUUUUGAAAUGCAACCCUAAAUCUUAAAAAAAAGAAAAAAAAAAAGUUGGGAUGUAAAAAAACAAACAAACAAAAAAACUGAAUAAUCUGCAAAUCUUGUAAACCUUUAUUUAUUCUUAAUAGAACAUGUAUCAAAUGUUUAAACUCGUUUUUAACAAUUUAAUUAAAAAUUGUAUAAAGGGGAAUUUGACGGCAGGGCGGGGGCAACAAAGGGCUGAAAAAGUGAUAAUAAACGGUAACAUCUGGAAGAUUUUACGACUAACUGUUUCAUUGGCAACAGGUCAGUAACGUGAUUGGGUAUUAAAAAGAGCAUCUUGGAGAGGCAGAGGUUCAAUCUGCAAAAAGGCAUCUAUAAGUUGUUGAACAGUUUCAGAAUAAUGUUCCUGAAUGUGAAAUUAUGAAAACUCUCCUCGUCUACAGUUUUAAUAUCAAAUGAUUCAGGGUAUAUGGCGAAAUCUCUUUGCGCAAGGGACAAGGAUGGGGAAAUAAUAUAAAAUGCCUGUGAACUUCGGGUCUUCAGGUGGCACUUCAUCAUUAACAGGCAUGAUUCAAAGAUUGCAUGAGCUCAGGAAGUAUGCCGUCCACAAAUGCAGGUGAAAUCUCCAUCAUGCAAAGAAGCCAUCUGUGAACACGAUCGUGAUCGAGCCAAAGCUCAUUUAAAAUGGACUGAAGCAAAGUGGGAAACUGUGGGCACAGAUAUCAAAUGUUGGAGGUCAUUUUGGAAAAGAUGGAUGUCGUGUCCUCUGGACUGACGAGGAGGGGGAUUAUCCGGCUUGUUGUCAGCGCUUCUGGAAAGGCUCCAUCAGUGCUGAAAGGUAUAUACAGGUUUUAGAGCAACAAAGCUCUUUUACAGGUCUUGCAUGUUUGAGCAAGACGAUGCUUCACAGUCGAAGAGUCCUGGUGCUGAACUGGCCAUCAGUCUUGACAUUUCACCAACUGAAAUCAUUUGGAGCAUCUUGAAUGGAAAAAGAUGUGAAUGGGACACCAAUUACCUCCCAACAGUCCAGCAGCUGCUCUCCUUCAGCUCCACCACAAUUACAGACUGUUGUUAAAGGAAGAGAGGAUGCUGCACAGUGGCAAACGUGGUCCUGUCCCAACUGUUUUAAGAUGUGUCGCUGCCAACAUGUAUGUUUUGAAAAUGUAUGUUUUCUUUGUUCUGUCGUGAAUAAAAUUUGUGCUUUGA